AUGCCUGAUUCUGCAAGAGAGCGCAUCGUAUCUGGCGCCGAAGACGCCGAGACGAGUGCCGACCGCAGAGCUGCGGAAAUGCUAAGCGAGCGAGCGUCGAUCAACUCGGAAGCGCCAGGCGUGAACGACCUGCGUCCACGCCGCUUCGCCGAAUACAUCGGGCAACGGCAGGUUGUAAACAGCAUCCAGAUCGCGGUUGAAGCGGCGAAGCAACGUGGCGACACACUAGAUCACGCGUUGUUUCACGGUCCGCCGGGUUUGGGCAAGACGACGAUCUCGCAAAUCAUCGCUAGGGAGAUGGAAACGACCUUGGUCCAUACAUCGGGUCCCGCGUUGGAACGUCCUGCAGAUGUGGUUGGCAUCCUUUCGAACCAGAAGCAUGGCGAUGUGUUGUUCAUCGACGAGAUACACCGGUUGUCGCACGCCGUCGAGGAGUAUUUGUAUUCGGCGAUGGAAGAUUACCGCGUCGAUUUCAUUGCUGGUGCCGGCGCGUUUGCGAAGACGAUCAAUUUGCCGCUCCAGAAGUUCACGCUGAUCGGCUCAACGACACGAGCUGGGAUGCUGAGUCCGCCGUUACGUGAGCGGUUCGCAUUGACGUAUCACCUCGACUAUUACUCCGUUGGGGAGUUGACGCAUGUGGUUACUCGUUCAGCGUCGAUAUUGUCGGUUUCCAUCGAUCAACCGGGCGCCAAAGUGAUCGCGAGUCGCUCACGCGGCACGCCUCGCAUCGCCAACAAUCUACUACGCCGCGUACGUGACUAUGCGCAAGUAAGACGCGAAGGCGAGAUCGACGAUGAGGUCGCCGCCGAAGCAUUGCACGUCGAAGGCGUGGAUGAACUUGGUUUGGAUCGUUUGGACCGCUUGUACCUUGAGACGUUGGCCCGAAACUACGGCGGCGGACCGGCGGGAAUCAAUGCCCUAGCCGCAUCCGCCAACGAAGAGGUUCAGACGCUCGAAGACGUGGUUGAACCGUUUCUAUUGAAGAUCGGGUUCAUCAUGCGUACUCCUCAAGGUCGGCGUGCAACGACACGCGGCAUGACGCACGUCGGCGCGCCAUCGGAUGCGGCGGCGGACGCUGGACAGCGUCCGUUGAUCUGA